CUGGAUAAGUCUGAAAAACAAUUUUAGAAGAAAUUCGAUUUUCAGUGUAUGAGUAGAUCAACAACCUAAUUAAGAGGAAUAUGUUGAUAGAAAAAUAUCUAAGCAAGUACAACUUAAUACAUCUGAUUAAAGGAUGACUUGAUAGUUUCACCCUUGUUAAACACCCCUUGUCUCUCUUAUCUAUGUGGGUGAAAAAAAAGCUCCGUCUCAAAUUAGCCGGGUUAUAUAAGUCAAAAGGUAAAACUUAAAACUUCAGGAAAGCAAAGUGAUUUUAUUUCUUGCUUAUGAGAAGUAAAUUUACUUUCGUGGAAAAGCAAAAAAACAUUUCUACUUUUACUUCUAGUCAUCAAACACCCUCUAAAAAUGGUGUACGUUCAAAAAUUCUCACAUCAUUAAAAACCAAGAGCAUGAGCUGAUAAAAAGGAAGUUUUGUAUGAGAGAGGGUCCAUUGCUUGUUCCUUAAUUCUAAAAAUCAACCCCCCAAACCAAGAAAAUUUUAGAAGAUUUUGGAUGAAAUCUGGUCGGAUCUUGCUUUCUUUGCUUUGAGAUUUUGUUGUAGACUUACAACGUGUAUUUUUCUACAAUACUAUUUCUUUUCCCUUCAUCAUUUUCCCACCUCCUCCUUAUUCUAUUUCUUCUUCCUUCCUCUUAACAACAAUAACAACCAACCACCGUUUCCAACUCCUCUGUCUCUCUUUCAUCAUUUCAUUCAAUGGGUAUGUCCGCAGAAGCCCAAUUUCAUGUUUUAGCAGUAGAUGAUAGUAUAAUUGACAGAAAACUAAUCGAAAGACUCCUCAAAACCUCAUCUUAUCAAGUUACCACUGUUGAUUCGGGUAGUAAAGCUCUUCAAUUUUUAGGAUUAGUAGAAGAUGAACAAAGAAACAUUAGCCCACCUUCUGUUUCCUCAAAUUUCCAUCAGGAAAUAGAAGUGAAUCUUAUAAUAACAGAUUACUGUAUGCCUGGAAUGACAGGUUAUGAUUUGCUAAAAAAAAUCAAGGAAUCUUCAUCUUUCAAAGACAUUCCUGUUGUAAUCAUGUCAUCUGAAAAUGUACCUUCAAGAAUUAGCAGAUGUUUAGAAGAAGGUGCAGAAGAAUUCUUUCUAAAACCAGUAAAAUUAUCUGAUGUGAAAAAGCUUAAACCAGUAUGGAAAGGAAAAUCUAAAGAGCAACAAUUACAAACAAAUCUACCACUACCGCCCCCGCCUGAAGAAGAAAAACUACAAGGAAAAGAUCUUCAAGUAGUUGAUGACACAAUUCUCAUAUUAGAGCCACAGUGUCUGACAGAGGUUCAAUCAGAAAAGGAACAAGUAUCAUCAAUAGAAAUAGAGCAAGUUAAUAAUAAUAAUAACAAGAGGAAAACAAUGGAAGAAGAGGUUUCACCUGAAAGAACUAGACCAAGAUACACUACUGGUUUAACAAUGGUGUGA